GAAAUAAAAACAAAACAAAACAAAUCCUCCCCAAACCGAAACCAAACGAAAGAGAGAAAGAUGGGGAACCCGAAGCAGAAGUGGACAUCGGAGGAAGAAGAAGCACUUCGAGCAGGAGUAGCUAAACACGGCACAGGCAAGUGGAAGAACAUACAGAGAGACCCCGAGUUUAAUCCAUUCCUCUUCUCCCGCUCUAAUAUUGAUCUCAAGGAUAAAUGGCGGAAUAUGAGUGUUAGUGCUGGCGGACAAGGCCCUCGGGAAAAAUCACGGACGCCUAAACCAAAAGCUGGUUCAGAUGCUCCGGCUGCACCAUUGUCCACUCCACAGACUUCUGCUGCUGCUACUACUGCUACUGCUGCUGUUACUGCAUCUGCACCUGAUGCAUCAGUAGAUUCAACCAUUGAUGAUUCUGCAAGAAGCUGUGCUCCAAAGUACAAUGCAUUGAUUUUUGAAGCUAUUUCUACCUUAAAGGAGCCCAAUGGAUCUGAUGUUUCUGCAAUUCUCAGCUAUAUUGAGGUGUGA